AUGGGGCGCUGUUCACGCAAACUGGGCGUGCUCGCCAAGGCGUUCUUCCUUCUGUGGCUACUCUGGCUGGGCUAUCUUCUACUUGCUCUCUCCCCCUUACCGUCCUCAACAUCAUCCUCCGCUGACACGCUUGAGCUAAAGCCUCGGAAAUCCGAUGCGGAGAACCUGGCCGCGCCCCUCUACGCCAAGCCGCCGGCAGAUGGCAACGCCCCGGGUGAGUGGGGUCGGGCGACCAAACCCGACCUGAGUCCGGAGGAGAAGAAGCAAGCGCAGGAGAGCGUGGAGCUCUACGCCAUCAACAUCUUUGUCAGCGACAAGAUUUCUCUACACAGACAUAUUAAAGACAACAGGAUGCCUGAGUGCCGCAGUAAGCAGUUUGACUACCACCAUUUACCCACCACAUCGGUCAUCAUCACUUUCUACAACGAGGCCUGGUCCACGCUGCUCAGGACGGUCCACAGCGUCCUGGAGACGACGCCCGCCAUCCUGCUGAAGGAAGUCAUCUUGAUCGACGACUACAGCGACAAAGACUAUCUAAAAAGCCAGCUGGCCGAAUACCUCGGCAACCUGAAGCGCGUUCGUCUCAUCCGUACCAACAAGCGCGAGGGCCUGGUCCGGGCCCGUCUCAUCGGCGGCCGCUUCGCCACUGGCGACGUGCUCACCUUCCUGGACUGUCACUGUGAGUGCGUUACGGGCUGGAUCGAGCCGCUGCUGGAAAGGAUCAGACAGAAUCCCAGCACCAUCAUGUGUCCUGUGAUCGACACCAUUGACUGGAACACUUUUGAGUUUUACAUGGAGACGGGCUUGCCCAUGAGGGGGGGCUUCGACUGGAGGCUCACCUUCCAGUGGCACGCCGUGCCCGAGAGGGAACGCCAGCGCCGAACCUCGCGUAUCGAUCCCAUCAGGUCUCCGACAAUGGCGGGCGGCUUGUUCGCGGUUAGCAAGGCCUACUUUCAGUACCUGGGCACUUACGACAUGAGCAUGGAAGUGUGGGGCGGAGAGAAUCUGGAGCUCUCCUUUCGGGUGUGGCAGUGCGGCGGCAGCCUGGAGAUCGACCCGUGCUCCCACGUGGGGCACGUUUUCCCCAAGAAGGCUCCGUACCCACGGCCCAAAUUCUUGCAGAACACAGUGCGGGCGGCCGAGGUCUGGAUGGACUCCUACAAGCAACACUUCUACAAGAGGAAUCCGCCCGCCAGAAAGGAGAACUACGGCGACAUUUCCGAACGCCUGCAGCUGAAAGAGCGGCUCGAGUGCAAAUCAUUCCACUGGUACCUGACCAACAUCUACCCAGAACUGCACGUACCCGAGGACAGGGAUGGCUGGCACGGCGCUGUGCGCAGCUCGGGUAUCCCUUCGGAGUGUCUGGACUACAACGCCCCAGACCACAAUUACACCGGCUCGCACCUUUCGCUGUUUGGCUGUCACGGCCAGGGAGGGAAUCAGUACUUUGAGUACACGUCCCAAAAGGAAAUCCGCUUCAAUUCGGUGACGGAGCUUUGCGCCGAGGUGCUCCAAGACAAGAAGGCCGUCGGCAUGAGGCACUGCCCUGGCGACCAACGUUCCACGCCGGCCAGCAUCCAAUGGGAGUUUCGAGACGACAAAAGCAUUUACCACCCCCACUCGGACAAAUGCAUCACGGCUUACCGGACUCCCGAUGGCCGCGCUCACAUCCAGAUGAGGCCCUGUGACCCGCUCGAUCAAAACCAGCAGUGGAAGUUUGAGUAA